GCUUUACCUUGCUAUCGAGAAAACGCAAGAAAUCACUGUUUUGUCUUUGCUGGUACGAAAUCAACUGCCAGCUGUUGAAACGCUACCAUCUCUGAAUCAGACCUCGAUCUUUUCGUUCGUUAGCUUUGAUGUCGUAGUUUCAGCGGCCUGCUAAACAGCUGGCCAAAACGAUUUUUAAUUUUUUUUUCCUACUACUGUCCCGAAGGCCUCAGCGGCUGCCAUGGAAUUUUAAGGCAUAAUGCGGCACCUCUAAUGCAAUGGCAAUGCAUCGUGCACGGCAAAAUCAACUGCGAGAUUCCAUCUUCGCAACUGACAAGCAGUUGGGGUCAAAUACCGCUCGCGGUAUCCCUGAGAGCCAACCGGUACCACUGCUCCUGGACCGAAGGAAGCUAACGCUAGCUACCUAGUCAUUUUAACUAGUGACAUCCAUCGAUUUAAUCUGAACGCCGACAACACUACCGAUCAAAAUGAAGCUUCAAGACAUAAUCUCCGGGAAGACCUCCCUGUGGAUCUUUGGGUACGGGUCACUGGUGUGGAAACCUGACUUCAAGUACAAGAGGAGCAAGGUCGGUUUCAUUCAGGGCUACAAAAGACGUUUCUGGCACGGAGAUAACUUCCAUCGCGGGAAUGACGAGUUGCCCGGAAGAGUGGUGACGCUGAUUGAAGAUGAUGACGCGAGCACUUGGGGCGUGGCGUUCGAGGUGUCAGGCUCUCAGGUUGAGGAGUCCCUGAAGUACCUCAAUGUGCGCGAGACGGUCUGUGGUGGCUACGCCACCAAAAUGGUGGAUUUCUUCCCUGAGGAAGCGGGCCAGCCUCCAGUUCAGGCGCUGGUGUACAUUGCCACCUCUGACAACCCCCUCUACCUGGGGCCAGCCAGCCCGGAGGAGAUCGGUACCCAGAUCGCUCUGUGCAGAGGGAAGACGGGCCACAACUUGGAGUACCUGCUCCAGCUGGCUGAGUUCAUGAGGAGCAGCUGUCCACACGUAGAAGACCAUCACCUGUUCUCCAUCGAGGCAGCAGCACUGACCGUGGUGUCCUAUCUGUUAGCAGUCCAGUAGCUCGUACCCUUUGUCUCACUAGCUUAUCGGCGAUGAAUACACUACACAGACAACACUGAGGCUUUUCAUCUGUCAUUCCUGUCCACCUACAGUGCGUUUUAUGUUGUGAGAUCUAGUGUCACAGCAACAUCCAGUGCACUUGAAUCGAUUGAAUGCUGUUGAAGUGAUAAUAAAGGGGAAGCAUGGCACUUUUUUUCCCUCCCUAAUGCAUGACCUCAUGUUUACAUUGUAAUGUUUGUGCAGUUACAAAAAGUAUGAUCACUGUAAACACCUGCAGUUUUUAAAAACUUUUUUUUUUUUUUAUUUGAGCAGAUCAGAUUCCAUCCACUCUGAUCAGACGGUUUAGUAAUGUGGUAGUUAAGUUUUGUAAUUCACCAAAUUGCUGCUGUGUUUCAUGUUCAAGGCACAUUUUCCAUUCUGUGUAAACACAAAUCCCAAUAAAGUUUAAAGAACUUUGUUUU